AUGGAAAAAAUCAACGAAUCUCACACAUCAGAUUCUGAGCCAGAAGAAAUCAACAACUCGCAUACACAAAUAGAUUCUGACGAAAUGGAUGAAACAUGGAUAGUUAAUCAAACUUUAAUGAUUAUAGUUAAUGCCAAAAAACACAGGUGUCUCGACGACUUGUGCCGCUUGCUUUUACCUGGCUUUCUGGCGGACCACAACUGCGAUCCUGAAACCCUAUUCCAACUCGUCAAUGAACACGAGGACCGUGAAAAAUACUUGCUCGUACUCGCUUUUCUACAUGGUUAUGGGAUUGGGACCUCUAUUAAUGCCACAAAAGCUUUUGAAUGUUAUUUUAAAUCUGCAGAACUCGGCGAUCCAAUCGGCAUGCAAGAGACAGGUUAUUGUUUGCACAAAAGUAUUGGAACCAGACAUAACAAGGUUCAGGCCGAGUUCUGGUAUAAAAAAGCAGCCGCAAAAGAUAUGGAACUCGCGCAAUACGAAUUAGCAUUGAUUUAUAUGAAUCGAUAUGAUGAAGACCAAGGUGUAUUUUGGCUUGAAAAAUCAGCGUAUGCUGGAUUCAACGAAUCGAGUGAAUUUCUUGCCGAAACUUAUUUUGCAAGUGGUGAUUAUCGACGAGCGUUUUAUUGGUAUCGAAUUUUAUUUGGAGAUGGUAAGGAAGUCGGAAGGGAUGGAUUGGCUGUUUGUCAUAAAGAUGGAUUGGGUACCGUAAAAGAUAUUCAUAGGGCGAUUAAAUGUUUGUUAAUUCCUUCACUUGAAGCGUCUUACGUCCUUUAUGAAAUUUUCAAUGAAUAA